AUGUUUCAGCAAACCACCAUCUUGGUGGAAAGUGCACCAUUUGUAGAUGAGGUUACCUGGAUCGCCAGUCGCGAAAUGGACGCCCUGCGCAACAAGCAGCACGCGGGAGCUUUUUAUACAGAGGCCACACUUCUUGCAGCGCCCAGACCUCGCAGCGGCUUUCUGCGCUUCGAAGCACCGACGGCUCCGCCGCAGCACAUUGCGUCGGUGAGCGCACGCGCCAGCGGGCUGCGAGAGGAAGGGAAUGCGAAUCAUCGAAGCUGGGAGGCCCAGCUCAGUGCAGAGCAGCUGAAGCAACAGAUGACUGAGAGUCGCGAGCGAGAUUUGCGAGGGACAGACUCUUCUGGUUCCACAGACCAAGACGCCUCCGGCGCCAGCUGGGCCAGCUCCAGCAGCUCCACCGGCAGCGCGGCGGCAUCUGGGCGCCGCGCGAAGUCAGGGAGCUCCGGUGGCAAAAACGGCGACAACGGCGGUGACAACGGUGACAACGGUGACGAAGAUGGUGGUGAAGGUGCUGAUGGCGAAGAUCAAGGUGACACAGGCGUCAAGGUGGAGAUGGAGGCUGAGACUGAAGGUGGCACAGCUGGCGCAGGUGCAUCCAGGGUGGUCCUGCUUCCCAUGAUUCGGCAGCUGGGCGAAUCCAUCGGCCUCAAUAGCCACUGGCAGAACGACAUCAUGGGAAUCAACCUUGCCAUGAAGAACUCACGCUUUCCAAAGUUCUUCUGUGGCAGGGCUGGGGCCCGGCCCAGACCACUGGCCGACGAUGACCAUCCCUCCAUUCAAUUUCGCUAUCCCGUGAAGAAUGUGAGUGUUGAGCUCACAGAUCUGGGUCGAGACGGCAAGGGCGAAAAGGAGGUGAUAUGGAGUGCCACAUACUCCACAGACAAGGCCAUCACUGACCUUUCAGGAAAGAUGCGACCAGAUGGUGGUGAUCAAACAGCUUACAAGCCGCCUUGCUAUGCCCCCAAGACCAAGAACCGCUUGGAAUUGAGAGUGAUAGCCGAUGAUCCUUUGGACGGAACAACAGCGGAAGUUCGAGCUGAGGCGAUCCACAAGAAGCGCACGGACCGCAGCAUUGAUGAGGUCGCUGAUUUGGAGGUCCAGCUGAUUGAUCGGGAUGACCCCAUGAUGCUGGAGAGGUUCAGGAAAGAAGCUCCAGCCGCGCACUACUUCGGAGGACCCGGUGGUGCCGGUAUGACCGGACCCGGUGGUGCCGGUAUGACCGCGGGCGCCCGAGCGGCCGCUGCUGCCGCCGCUGCCGCCGCUGCCGCCGCGGCCGCGGCUGAAGGAGGCGACGAGUUCAGCUUCGCGGGCCGCGCGCAGGGCGGUGGCUUCGACGUGGACAGCGGUGCCUUUGGGAGCGCGGAGGAAGCAGAAGCCUAUGGGCAGAUGUUGGUGGAUUUGGUGAAGUACAAGAAGAUGGGUCCAUAUGUUGCCAUGGCACCUUUGCCUGUGGCUUUGAUGGACAGGACCCACUGGCGAAGCUGGAAAUCCACCAGGCAGGCUCUGUCUCUGUUUCUCUGAGCAUCGCUUGGGCCUGUGCGGCCACGAUAGCAUCGGUGGAGAAGAUGUUGAAGUCGAAGUCAACAGCCGCGUUUCCGGUCGCCGUUCGCGGGGCAGAACAAAA